CCUGCUGAAACGUCGCGAAAUCCUGGAGAGAACCCUAAGCUAUUAUCACGAAUAGGAAAAGUCCAGUGACUAAAGUGUGACGGCGCUUCUGUUUUACACCCGGUCACUGACAAAAUGCAGGGCGUCUCGAGCUGCGCAGGGUCGAAGCUAAGCCUAUUGUCGUCGUGAUUGUCGUCGUGAGCCUGUCAAGAUGACAUUGUUGGUUAGUAUGUAGUAUAACCGGCUGCCCCAUCAGUUCUUACUAUGUAGAAUAUCCAAGUAUAUAAAAGUAGCCAAGAAUCCCACGAUAAUUCAACAGUUUCUCUUCUUCAUUCCGCUAUCAAUCAUCAAAAAUAACUCGUCUCAAUUUUCUUCAUUCUAUUUCGUUCCUUAUUCGUAUUCUUGGUGGCUGGUCCUCCUCUUUAACUAUCAUUCACUUCUCUUGAAUACGAUCCCGCGGACGUGUACAGCUUCUAUUUUUCUCAGCCAACCGCUUUCUACCCAUCCAGUCAAAAUGAAGUUCUUCUCCAUCCUACUCCUAGCCACCGCCGCCAGCGCUAUGGUGAUGCCUCGUCACCACGCUGGGCGCAAAGCCAACGGUGGUAACAACAACAACAACGCCGCUGCUGUAGCAGCAGGUACCGGAAACAACGGCAAUGCCAAUGCUAACAACAACAAUGCCGCCGCCGCCGCCGCUGCUGCUACCGGUAAUACCAACAAUAACAAUAAUAACGCCGCUAACAAUGCCAACGCAUGCAACAACAACAACAAGCGUCACCACGCCGGAAAGCAGGCCAACGGCAACAACAAUAACAACGCCGCCGCUACCGCAGCCGACGCCAAUUGCAACUAAUGACG